AUGUUCUCGCGAAGUGUACUACAGACGGCCACCCGAAGUGCUCGCCCGGCCUCAUCUAGAGCCGUACCACAGGUGCUCGGUAAAGCUCCAUUCGGUCGGCGAUACGUUUCGGUGUAUGGCUACACACAGGCAAAGGCUGUCAUCUACUCCAAGUAUGGCGAGCCUAAAGAUGUCUUGCGCCUACACAAGCACUCAAUCUCCGCGCCGCACGCAACCCAAGUGAAUCUGCGCCUGUUGACCGCGCCGAUGAACCCAGCCGACGUGAACCAGAUCCAGGGUGUCUACCCCAGCAAACCUCCCUUCCAAACAGAGCUUGGAAAUGCGGAGCCCGCUGCAGUCGGCGGAAACGAGGGCGCAUUCGAGGUGCUAUCAACCGGUGCGGGCGUCAAGAACCUUAGCAAAGGCGACUGGGUUAUUAUGAAGCGCACAGGCCUGGGUACCUGGCGUACCCACGCGCAGCUGGACGAAUCCCAGUUGAUCAAGAUUGAGAAUAAGGAGGGCCUGACCCCGCUGCAGGUUGGCACUGUCAGCGUCAACCCCGUCACUGCAUACCGCAUGCUCCGGGAUUUCUGUGAAUGGGAUUGGAUGCGUGCCGGCGAGGAAUGGGUGAUCCAGAACGGCGCCAACAGCGGUGUCGGGCGAGCAGCUAUUCAGCUAGGCCGCGAGUGGGGAAUCAAGACGCUCAAUGUCAUUCGUCAGCGCAAGACACCCGAAGAUACCGAGGCUCUCAAGAAGGAGCUUCGGGAUCUGGGAGCUACCGUUGUUAUCACCGAGGAGGAGAUGCUUAAUGGCAACUUCCGGGAUAUGGUCCACGAGUUCACUCGUAAGGGCCGGGAGCCCAUUCGUCUGGCCUUGAACUGCGUAGGCGGGAAGAAUGCCACCGCUCUGGCAAAGACUUUGGCUCCUGAUUCGCACAUGGUGACCUACGGAGCCAUGUCAAAGCAACCUGUUGCAUUGCCCUCCGGCCUGCUGAUCUUUAAGAACCUUGCAUUUGACGGGUUCUGGGUCAGCAAGUGGGGUGACAAGAACCCUCAACUGAAGGAGAACACCAUCAAGGACGUGCUUCAAUUGACUCGCUCUGGAAAGUUCAAGGAUAUUCCCGUAGAUGAGGUCAAGUGGAACUGGGAGACCGAGGGCCCGGAAUUGGCAGAGAGUGUGCAGGGCACCUUGGGCGGCUUCCGCAGUGGAAAGGGCGUGUUCACCUUCAAUGGUGGUGAUUGA